AUGGCUCUCACUGGUAAAGUCGCCCUUAUCACCGGCGGUGUCAAGAAUCUUGGAGCUGCAAGUGCCCUUGAACUAGCUAGUGUCGGCGCCAAUCUUGCUCUUCACUACCAUUCGUCCAGUGGCGAAAAGGAUGCAGCUGCGCUCAAAGCCACACUCCAGGAAAAGAACCCUUCGAUCAAGGUUUCCUUCUACCAGGGUGAUCUCACCUCUGCAGCUGCAGUGACAAAAUUGUUUGAAGAUGUUAUUCGUGACUUUGGCCAUGUCGAUAUUGUGGUCAACACAGUCGGGAAGGUGCUGAAGAAGCCUAUCACGGAAAUCAGCGAGGACGAAUAUGACACAAUGUUCGCGGUGAACUCCAAAACUGCGUUCUUCGUCCUAAAGGAAGCCGCUGCUCAUGUGACCGAUGGUGGAAAGAUCAUCAGCAUUGUCACUGCGCUCCUAGGAGCGUUUACUGGCUACUAUACUUCUUACGCCGGCAGCAAAGCUCCUGUCGAGCACUUUACUCGGGGUGUUUGCAAGGAGCUUCAGUCUCGCAGGAUCAGUGUGAACAAUGUCGCCCCGGGACCAAUGGAUACACCUUUCUUCUAUCCCCAGGAAUCUCCAGAAGCUGUGGAAUUCCACAAAGCAAAUGGCAUGGGCAACCGUCUUACCAUGGUAGAGGACAUUGCUCCUAUCAUUCGCUUCCUCUGUACUGAUGGUGCGUGGAUUACCGGCCAGACCAUUUUCGCCAAUGGUGGAUAUACUACUCGUUGA